AUGUCGUGGCAACCGAAGUUACGCCCUAAAGGCUUCCCACAUAGCAUUGACGACUUUGCCGUCGCUUCAUUAUCCGAACUAGAACAUCGCUCACGAGGAGAUGAGAAGCGGGAUCAACGAGUUUUCCGGGUGAAGCGGAAGCAUGUUCUGAAAGCGUGUGAUCGGUGUCGUGUUAAGAAGACGAAGUGCGAUGGGAAACAGCCUUGCAAUCGCUGCUCCGUAUACAAUCACCCAUGUCUAUUCCGGGAGCGAAAAGCUACUCAGACCAAGGUGUACUCUCGAGGGUUCGUCGAGAUGCUCGAAUCCCACCACUCAUUGGUCGUCAAAGCUCUCCAGAAACUAUACAAAUUCUGCAUCACAAAUGAGGGUUUCCCAGGCGAUCCCCUCGAAGAAGCACCGGACGGCCAUCCUCUGACUCACGCCAUCCUCGACCGCCUAGGUCUAAUCAAACAAGCCGAAGAAAAUGCCGACGAGCCAGACGAGGACUCAGAAGAUCUCCGUUACCUCCGUCUCCUCUCAACAUCAACAGAAUGCAGCGCUACAGCAGAACCCUCCCCAGAACCAGCUACACCCCCGGAACCAUCCCCAACAAGAAGAUCCCGCCCAUCCCUCUGCACAAAUCCCACCCCCACACCCUCAAUGACCCGCAACGCACCCAGUUGGGGCUGGGAUAUGCAAUCCAUGCCGCAAAGUGGUGGAGGCUAUAACAGCUUCCCAGACGCUGCGUACCAGAAUCUAAUGGGUCUCCCACGUUCAUCAGGCAUGGGCUCUUUAGAUCUGGGACCGAGUGAGAUCUCGCCUCAUGUUGAUAUUGCCACUGGGUCUUCUUCGCUUCCGCAUGGGAAUCGUCAUGAGCAGGGGUAUACAUAUUACCUUGAUGGCUGUGCUGAUGCGCAGGCUGAUGUGAAACCGGCAGCUAGGAUGCAUACGGGGAUUAUGAGGCCCAUGCAGCACCAGAUGGGGCUUCCGGGGGAUCUGUUGAAUGAUUUCCCGUUCCAUGCGCAGGAUUCGCCUUAUUUCCCGGGUUUCACGCCUGGUUGGUCUUUUCCGUCAACAUAG